AUGACGGGCAGGGCACGCUUCCUGCUGGGGCAGGGUGUGGCGGCCGAGGAGGUUCUGGUGCUCACAUUAAGCCGCAAGGCGGCUGGCGAGUUCCGGGAGCGCCUGCUGCGCCACGUGCCCGGCGCCAAGGCGGCCACCGUCUGUACAUUCCACAGCUGGAGCUGGAUGGUGGUGUGGCGGCACUGGCGCGAGGCGGGGUUUGAGCGGCGGCCCACCAUCCUGGCGGCAGAGCAGCAGGAGCUGGCCCUCAUGCGCGACUGCAUCAUGUGGGACCAACUGGCGGCGGCGCAGGCCGAGAUGCGUGGCUGGCUGUUCCUGCCGCCGUCGGUGCCGUGGCCACAGGUUGUGGCGGCGGUUGCAGAGCGGCACGCGCCCCUGUUCCACAAGUGCAUGCAGGCCGCGCUGGCGGCGCACAGCAGCGAGCAGCAGCCCGGCAGCCGGCCGGCGCCGUCAGCUGGCGAGGCUGCGGCGCGGUCCUUUGCAGAGCUGCCCACCCGGUUGCAGCUGCUGCUGGUGGGGGAGCUGCAUGCCUCGCUGCAGCAGCGCUUUGACGGGCACUGCCGCGGCGAGCCAGAUGGCGGCGUGCUGGAGCUUCUGGCUGCGGCAGAUGCCCAGGCGCUCUUCUUCCUGCGCUGGCUGGAGGGAGAGAAGCGGCGGGGGCACAUGCCUGAUGGCGCCGCCUAUGCCGCGCUGUGUGCGCGGGUGGGGGAGGGGCAGGAGCGCCAGCGGCAGCUGGCGCGGGUGGCUGUCGCAUACCAGGCAGAGCUCAGGCGGCAGUGCCUGGUGCCGCUGUCCGACCUGCCGCUGCUGGCGCGGCAGCUGCUGGCCGCGCGCGGUGGCGCGCUGGCCUGGGCCCAAGAGCGAUGGACACACCUCCUCGUAGACGAGUUUCAGGACAGCGCUGCCUGCAUGAUCUUUGCCGACUACCAGCGCCACUUUGGUGCUCGCAAGCUGUGCCUGCAGACCAACUUCAGGUCUACUGCCGCCAUCUGCGCCUUUGGCUGCACGCUGCUGCACGGCAACCGGCGAGACGCAGAGGGGGGCAUGGUGCCGGCACGGGCCGGCGCCUGCCGCCCCGUCCACGUGCGCCAGUUCCACACAGCGGAGGAGGAGGCGGCGGCGCUGGCGGACGAGGUGCUGCGGCUGUGGCGGGAGGAGGGCGUGGCGUACAGCAGCGUCUGCGUGCUGUACCGCUGCCUGCGGCUGCAGGGCGCAGAGCUGCAUGCCCCGCUCACGGCUUCUCUGCGCAGGCUGGGCAUCCCUCAUGUGAUAGCUGGCCACGGGAGGCUGGCGGAGGAUCCCGCCGUGGCAGCCCUGCUCGCCUACCUGGCCGCCAGCCUGGAGGUUGACCCGGCCUUUGAGGUGGUGCUGGGCCUGCCCCACCACGGCCUGGGGCGAGAGGUGUGCGGCGCGCUGGCGCAGCAGCAGGCGGCUGCGCGGCUGGCGGGGCAGCUGCCCCCCAGCCUGCUGGCGUGCGCGGAGCAGGUGUGCACGCAAGCAGAGGCGAUGCUGACACAGGCGCCAUGGCAGGGGCAGCAGGCGGCUGUGCAGGUGGGGCCUCAGUCUGCCAGCCAGCUGGAGCAUGUGGUCAGCCAGCUGUACACCGGGGACCUUCAGGAGCUGUCCCGCCUGGUACUGCUGCUGCGCGGCAUGCGGCGGGCGGUGGGGCAGGAGCCGCUGCCGCGCGCCCUGCGCCGCGUGCUGCAGGACAGCGGGCUGGCAGCCUGGCUGCAGCAGCACGGCCCAGCAGGCGCAGCGGCGGCAGUCGGGUCCCAGCAGCAGCGGCUGGGCGGCGGGGGCGACCUGCCCGCCUCGCUGCGCUGUGUUCUGGACAAGGCUGAGCAGCUUGCGGCGGAGUGGCAGCAGCAGCAGGCGGAGGGACGAGGGCGACGGCCCGCUGGCAGCGGCGUGGGCGGGGCCGCAGAUGGCGGCAGCUGGUGCCCGGCGCAUGCGGCCGGCGCAGCCAGCCAGCAGGAGGCGGGGGAGGAGCUGGUGCGCGAGCUGCUGGCCCGCCUGGCCACAGACACGGCCGCCGACGAGUGCGCCGUCCAGCGCCGGAGCGGGGCGGCAUCACAGCGGCAGCAGCAGGCUCCUGGGUGCGACCCUGGCGCUCUCACCAUCGGGACCAUCCACUCGGCCAAGGGGCUGGAGUGGCCGGUGGUGCUGCUGCCCAGCGUAUGCCAGGGCCUGCUGCCCCUGCGCUUCCGCCCGCCCGCCUGGCAAGCCGGGGACGGUGCUGCCGCCUUGCGCGCCUGCCCGCGGGCACACCUGGAGGAGGAGCGGCGGCUGUUCCACGUGGCCGCCACCCGCGCCCGCGACACCCUGCUGGUCUCCUUUGUGCAGCCGCCGCCGCCGGGCGCGCCGGCGGAGCCAGGGGACGAGGAGCUGGAGGCGUCAGCCGCACCGGCACCGCAGCCAGAGCUGGAGCCCGCCGGCGAGCUGCGCUGCUCCAGCAUCCUGGCAGGCACGGUGCACCGCCUGCGCCACCAGCCCGACGUGCUGCGCUUUGAGGGGCGGCUGCCGCACCAGGACUGCUGUCAGGCGGAGUGGGAGGAGGAGGAGGCGCAGGCUGGUGGCAUGCUGCAUGAGGUGGGCAACCGGCCCGGCAGCCACGGCGGCCCUUGCCAGCCGCAGGCUGUGAAGCUCAGCUUGGCGGAGCGGGCCCGGCGCCAGCUGGCGGACAACCCGCGUGCCGGCAAGCUGCGGGCGCGCGGCGGCGUGGCCAAGCAGGCGCAGCGCCAGUGUCCCGCCGCUGUGCUGCAAGGGUGAGGCGUUGGCAGUCCUUGCAUACCACUGUAGGCGACGGUUUGUUGACAUUGUAAUCCAAGUUGGUAA